UUUCUCCCUUCUCUCUGUUCUAUCAUUUUCUUUUGGCCCCCUUCUUGAUUCUCUGAAACUUCUUAACUAAUAUAUAGAUAGACAUGAAUGACUCAAGAAGAAUCAGAUUUGGUUUCUCAUUCUUCUUCGUCAUCAUCAUCUUAAUCUCUGGGGCGAUUUUAGCGGUAUCUGCAGAUGGAGCGGAAAGUGAUGGUGUCGCGAAAAAAGAAGAGAAUCCGUCGAUUGUAAAGACCAUAUGUGGGAUUUUUGGCAAGAAAUUUCCUCCGAGUUCAUGGGAAUUGAUUCAAGGUGCAAUGCAGAAGAUCCAAAUGAAGCUCUACCCUCCAAAUCUAGAUUUCAGAAGCAACAGCGACAAAAACAACAGAGAGGAAGAAGAUAAAGCAGAGAAAGUGAAAGAAGCAGCGACGAGGAGUCUCGAAGUAAGCAAAGAAGCUAUUGAAGAGUCUGCAAAACUAGCAGGAGAUGUUGUAGGUGAAGUAGUUCAGAAAACAGCUGAGAAAGUUACCAAACAAACCUCACAUGAUGAAAUGUAACCAUCAACCAAAUUUGCUCAUAAUGUUAUUAUAUAAACUAAUGAAAACUUCAGAUUCAAAUACCA